UGUUUUAUUUUCCGCUGUGGGCAGUAUUUGCCCGAAUGUCCCUGCUUGUGUACCAUAAAGCAAAUUCGGUAACUGCUUUGGGCACGACAAGUGAAAAGCACAGGAGCUGCUGGGUGUGCUUCGCAACGGACGAGGAUGACCGCACGGCGGAGUGGGUGCGUCCGUGUCGCUGCCGUGGCUCCACCAAGUGGGUGCACCAGGUGUGUCUGCAGCGCUGGGUGGACGAGAAGCAGAGGGGCAACAGCACGGCCCGCGUGGCCUGUCCUCAGUGCAACGCCGAAUACCUCAUCGUCUUCCCCAAGCUGGGGCCGGUGGUGUAUGUGCUAGACCUGGCGGACCGGCUAAUCUCCAAGGCCUGUCCCUUCACCGCCGCUGGCAUCAUGGUGGGCUCCAUUUACUGGACCGCUGUCACGUACGGGGCCGUCACUGUCAUGCAGGUGGUGGGCCAUAAGGAGGGCCUGGAUGUGAUGGAGCGGGCAGACCCCCUGUUCCUGCUCAUCGGCCUGCCCACCAUCCCCGUCAUGCUGAUCCUGGGGAAGAUGAUCCGCUGGGAGGACUACGUGCUGCGCUUCUGGAGGAAGUACUCCAACAAGCUGCAGAUCCUCAACAGCAUCUUCCCAGGGAUUGGGUGUCCAGUGCCUCGUAUCCCGGCAGAGGCCAGCCCCCUGGCAGACCACGUGUCAGCCACUAGAAUCCUAUGUGGAGCUCUGGUCUUUCCCACCAUCGCCACCAUCGUAGGCAAACUCAUGUUCAGCAGCGUCAACUCCAACCUGCAGAGGACCAUCCUGGGUGGGAUUGCGUUUGUGGCCGUCAAGGGAGCGUUUAAGGUGUACUUCAAACAGCAGCAGUACCAGAGGCAAGCCCACCGCAAGAUCCUCAACUUCCCCGAGGCAGAUGAAGCCUGGACAGACAGACAGACACACUGACACAACGGGGGAGUGGGUGGAGCGGAACAGUGAAUUUUGAGCAGGAACACUGUCGGACAGACACAGGGAUCAUUGCUGCCCCCUACCUCUUGUACCCCUCCGAGCAGCCUCGCCUCACAUUCUGUUUCUGCUCUCUGCGGAGUCAUUGUCCUAUGCUGCUGACAUUUGUGCUGUAUGACUAUUGCCAUGAUCUAUUGCGUUUUUAAAACACGUAGACUAAUACAGACAUGCGCGGACGCAGACUUAUGCAUAUUGCACACAGGAAUGUGACUUGUUUUUGUGACUACCGCACUGCAGUAGCGAGUUGAGUAUUUUUUUUACAUAACCAGUGCUUGCUUAUUUUAAGAUAAAUCUGGGACAGGUGUAAUUAUUAAGCAGGAAAGUUUUAGAAAUAAUUUGCCAAUGUGAAGGGUUUAAUGAGGAAUAUUGAUUUCCUGUGUUUUCAGAGAAAUAAGAAAAGUAUCUUUAUCACUAAGAGAUUAUUAUUUGAAGGAACAUCUUGCCUGCUGCUCUCUUCAGACAUUGCCACUGAUGUUUCCAUUGGUGGAAAUGCAUAGUCGUCAUUCAUCUAUUUUAGAAGCAUAGUACGAACCUCAUGAAAGUGUGAUUGUCUGUACAUAUUUCAUUUAUUCUGCAUCGGAUUAAACCUUUUUGAGGGUGUUUUUUACUCGUA